GGGCGCCCGCCGGCUCGCAUGCCGAAGGGCUCCGGGGCGUAGCUGCGCGCCGGGCGCCGCCUCCGGGCUCCUUCGGCCCCGCCAUGGGCUGCUGCAGCUCCGCCUCCUCCGCCGCGCAGAGCUCUAAACGAGAAUGGAAGCCGCUGGAGGACCGCAGCUGUACAGACAUCCCAUGGCUGCUGCUCUUUAUCCUCUUCUGCAUUGGGAUGGGAUUUAUUUGUGGCUUUUCGAUAGCAACAGGUGCAGCAGCGAGACUAGUGUCAGGAUACGACAGCUAUGGAAAUAUCUGUGGGCAGAAAAAUGCCAAGUUGGAAGCAAUACCAAACAGUGGCAUGGACCACACCCAUCGGAAGUAUGUGUUCUUUUUGGAUCCAUGCAAUCUGGACUUGAUAAACCGGAAGAUCAAGUCUAUAGCACUGUGUGUGACAGCAUGUCCAAGACAAGAACUGAAAACCCUAAGUGAUGUUCAGAAGUUUGCAGAGAUGAAUGGAUCAGCACUAUGUAGCUACAACCUAAAGCCUUCUGAAUAUACUACAUCUUCAAAAGCUUCUGUUCUAUGCCCCAAACUACCAGUUCCAGCGAGUGCACCUAUUCCAUUCUUCCAUCGCUGUGCUCCUGUGAACAUUUCCUGCUAUGCCAAGUUUGCAGAGGCCCUGAUCACCUUUGUCAGUGACAAUAGUGUCUUACACAGGCUGAUUAGUGGAGUAAUGACCAGCAAAGAAAUUAUAUUGGGACUUUGCUUGUUAUCACUAGUUCUAUCCAUGAUUCUGAUGGUGAUAAUCAGGUAUAUUUCAAGAGUACUUGUGUGGAUCUUAACGAUUCUGGUCAUAUUGGGUUCACUCGGUGGCACAGGGGUACUGUGGUGGCUGUAUGCAAAGCAAAGAAGGUCUCCCAAAGAAACUGUGAUUCCUGAGCAGCUUCAAAUAGCUGAAGACAAUCUUCGGGCCCUCCUCAUCUAUGCCAUUUCAGCCACAGUGUUCACAGUUAUCUUGUUCCUGAUCAUGCUGGUCAUGCGCAAGCGCGUUGCUCUCACCAUCGCCCUGUUCCACGUGGCUGGCAAGGUCUUCAUUCACUUGCCACUGCUAGUCUUCCAACCCUUUUGGACUUUCUUUGCUCUUGUCUUAUUUUGGGCAUACUGGAUCAUGACACUUCUUUUUCUUGGCACCGCUGGCAGUGCUGUUCAGAAUGAGCAAGGCUUUGUGGAGUUCAGAGUUUCUGGGCCUCUGCAGUACAUGUGGUGGUUCCACGCGGUGGGCCUGAUAUGGAUCAGCGAAUUCAUCCUGGCCUGUCAGCAGAUGACUGUGGCGGGGGCCGUGGUAACAUACUAUUUUACUAGGGAUAAAAGGAAUUUGCCAUUUACACCUAUUUUGGCAUCAGUGAAUCGCCUUAUUCGUUAUCACCUGGGUACGGUGGCAAAAGGAUCUUUCAUUAUCACAUUAGUCAAAAUUCCACGAAUGAUCCUUAUGUACAUGCACAGUCAGCUCAAAGGAAAGGAAAAUGCUUGUGCUCGAUGUGUGCUGAAAUCUUGCAUUUGUUGCCUUUGGUGUCUUGAAAAGUGCCUAAAUUAUCUAAAUCAGAAUGCAUACACAGCCACAGCUAUCAAUAGCACCAACUUCUGCACCUCCGCGAAGGAUGCCUUUGUCAUUCUUGUGGAGAAUGCUUUACGGGUGGCUGCCAUCAACACAGUGGGGGAUUUCAUGUUGUUCCUAGGCAAGGUGCUGAUAGUCUGCAGCACAGGCUUGGCUGGGAUUAUGCUGCUCAACUACCAGCAAGAUUACACAGUCUGGGUGCUGCCUCUGAUCAUCGUCUGCCUCUUUGCUUUCCUAGUCGCUCAUUGCUUCCUGUCCAUUUACGAAAUGGUAGUGGAUGUAUUAUUCUUGUGUUUUGCCAUUGAUACAAAAUACAAUGAUGGGAGCCCUGGCAGAGAAUUCUAUAUGGAUAAAGUGCUGAUGGAGUUUGUGGAAAACAGUAGAAAAGCAAUGAAAGAAGCUGGUAAGGGAGGCGUUGCUGAUGCCAGAGAGCUGAAACCGAUGGCUUCGGGAGCAAGUUCUGCUUGAACCUAGCCGACCGUUACGGAACCCAUUGACAUUCCAAAACAAUAUAUACACAUAACUAUGUAUUUGUGUGUGUGGGUGUGUGUAUAUAUGUAUAUGUAUGUGUGUAUAUAUAUGUAUAUGUAUAUACACACACACACAUAAUCAGCCAAAAUCAGAGAAAAGGAACAGGGAUUUAAUACCUUUUUUAUGCUUAUUUUUGUCAAACAUGUACUCCUUUCAUACGGGUGGCUUUUACAAGGCAACUGCCGUCAUUUAAUGUUUUCAAUUGUAAUUGUCUUAAUGGAAAUGUUAAGAUUCAUAUCUGAUUAACAUUUUUAAUAACUUAGAGGAGAUUUUAACUUUAGUUAUUUAAAUUAGGUAAAAUGAUUGUACCGAAUUCUCUGUCUAAAGUUUAUUCAGGGGUGAUUUCCCUGAUGUGUGCAUAAAAUCAAGGUCUUACUUUACUGAUGCAUAAGUCCUAGCGGGACGAGACUAGGCAUAUGCUUUCAGAUAAAUAAGGAGAUACUCCAAUCAGUUUUCCCCAAUCAAAGAAGCCAUGUCAUUUUACUUUUAGAAACAUACUAGUGGACUCAAUAUGGGAAUUUUCAUAAUAGCUCAUGCAUUUGUCAGCCAACAUUAAAAAGUAACCAACUCCUCAGGUAUUUGUAGUUUACCCUAAGCUUCUAUAAGAGAGUAGGUUAAAAAAGAAAAGGGUAGAUAAUCUUUCUUAUGCAAACUUUGUUCUUAUAGUUUGUCUUUCUUUCAUUUCUUACUUUAGUAGCACCCUCCACACAUUGGUGUGACUGAUUUGAAGGGAAGCUGGGGCGCCCAGCAACUUUAGCCUUUAAGUUUCCGUGUAUUGAUUUACAGAUUAAGUAAUGCUGGGAGGAAUAAAAAAGGGAGAGAAACAUGGAACACAAAGCAUUGCAAAUUCCAGUGCUUGGGCUUCUGCUCCUAAGGAACUUCAGUGGCUCCAGGCUAAGUGGCCAUUUUAUUCAAAUACUUGCUGUAAAAUCUGGAACCAUACUGGCAGGUGCUCCUCUCCUCCGUAAUUCAUUAAGUAUCCAGAAUUCUCCAAUGUUUAACUGAAGAAUUGGUUAUGUUUUGAUCCUCAAGUGUUGAAUAUUCUUUUUGUUUGGGAAUGGGUUUGGGGUU